AUGCCCCCCAACGACAGUAGCGUUCAAAUAAUCGGCUAUGCGGAACCAUGGAUUGUUUCGCCGGGGGAUUCAGUCGACAUCAAAGGCCAUGAAGUAGAGUUCUACGUGCAGUCCUACCUGAUUGAUGUUGAGGAACAUCGCCGUCAGAACCUCGUCUCAUGUCUCGAUCCAACAUUCCGAACCGGGUUCGCUGUUGUUUUGCGUCAGUCAAGAUUCGAAUUCCUGGUGGGUACGGGGGACAAUGUCGAGGUUUUCCAGAGUUCAUUUGCCGUCAAUCGCUGGCGCUGGCUACACGUUCGAAUGAGCCUUGUUGCUCAAACGCUGACCUGGAGCAUCGAGCAGUUGAACCGUCUGGUAGAAAAGGCACCAGCCGCCGAGAGAGGGGGCCAAAAAUUACCAACACCUUUUGUUCUCGGGUCAAACGAGUUGCUCUUUGACGUAGGCAUGCUCAAUAGCUUCACUCCCUCGUCCUUUUUCAACGGCCGUCUCGAUUCUCCCUCUUUCACGACAACCGGAGCCACACGACGGGCAAUUGCGCAAUAUGACUUUUCUCAGGGAAUUUCUACUGAUUCCAUUGGUGUUUCUGGCGAUAAUAGACAUGGUGUCCUGGUCAAUGCUCCUACUCGGGCGGUUAAAGGAUAUAAUUGGAAUGGCCCCCAACCGGAUUGGACUAAAGCGACAUACGGGUACGGCGCAAUUCAUUUCCACGAAGGUGACCUAGAUGAUGCGAAAUGGUCAACAAAUUUCUCUAUCACUAUUCCUUCUACAGCUCGUUCAGGCGCAUAUGCUGUUGAACUAAAGUGCCUCAAUCCGGAAGACGUGUACGAUAUGGUCACUUUCUUCGUCCGUCCAAAUCCAGAGUCAACAGCAAAUGUUGCGCUGGUACUAACUACAUUUACAUACCUUGCGUAUGCCAAUGAGCGCAUGUUUGAUCAGACCAGAUCUUCUGCGAUGGCAAUACCCAAUGGAGUCAGCAUUGGGAGUGGGAAUUGGUACUUUGAGAACUUGGAUAACGGCCGGAUUUCGGCCUUUCGGCCUACGAUACGGCCGAUUCUGAAUGUCCGACCUGGAUAUGUGCACUGGGCAUUGGAUCGCCCCCGUGAAUUUAGUGCUGAUCUCCUCAUGAUUGGCUUCCUGGAGCAUUCUGGUAUCCCAUAUGAUGUUAUCACAGACCAUUGCAUCCACACUCGGGGUCCAAAAGCAACGCUUCAGUAUUCGACACUGAUCACGGGAUGUCAUCCUGAAUAUCAUUCCCUCCAAACACUCGACGCCCUUGACGAUUUCGCAAAGGCAGGUGGCAACCUGAUGUAUCUCGGCGGAAACGGAUUCUACGGGGUGGCUGAUAUUGACUCUUCUCCUCAUCCCUAUCGCCUUGAAGUUCUAAAAGGAAACCAAGGUUGUCGGAGGUCUAUGGCGAAGCCGUGGCCGGCUCCCCACUAUCUGUUCGGUACCGGCAAAGGGAAGGGCUAUGUGAUAAACUCCCAAUACUCGCGACGUCCUGGCCUUGCCUGGAUUUUCGAUGGCAUUGAUGUGGACAACCCCCUUGGCGAAAAUGGGUUUGGUGGAGGUGCCAGUGGAGAUGAAAUUGAUCAUCUAGAUUACGAACUCGGAUCACCAUCGAGUAUCAUUCUCCUGGGAACAAGCCAGCAGUAUGAUGAUAGCUUUGGGCUCUUUAACGAAGAAUCUAUGUUUCCUAUGGUCAACACUCUGGGCUCGAACUCUGAUCGUGUCCGAAGCGACCUUGUAUAUUACGAAACCGAAGCAGGCGGUGCGGUUUUCUCAGUCGGCAGUAUCAACUGGUACAGCAGCCUUGCUUGGGAAGGGUAUGAUAACAGUUUAACUAGAAUUACAGGCAAUGUGCUCAAAGAGUUCAUCAGGCGAGGCAAAGGCAACAACACUGAUACUGAUACUGAUAAUGUCGAACUUGUUUCUUAG